CGCACUGCACUGACGCCAUAAACAAAUGGCGACCACCAUGCUGCCGCCUCCCACUCCCCGCGCCGUCUUCUCGCCGCGCUGCUCGCUCCAGGCCCCGACCCGGCCGCUCGACGGGGCUCCCCAGAGCCGCCAUGCCCCGCCGCACCGCGCGCGACCGGCAGCCGCGGCCUACGCCAAGGAGAUUGGCGCAUGCGUGCGGGCGCGGCGCUGGCGCGCGGCGUGCGAGGCGUUCGCAGCCAUGCGCGCCGCGGGGGCCUCGCCCGACAGGUUCCUCUUCCCGCAGGUGCUCCGCGCCUGCGCCGGGGCGGGCGCGCCCCGCCUCGCCGCCGCCGCGCACGCGCUCGCCGCCAAGGCCGGCCCCGCGCUGGCCGACGACGCCGUGGUGGGCAACGCGGUCGUCGCCAUGUACGCCGCGCUCGGGGACGUCGGCGCCGCGCGCGCCGCGUUCGCGUCCCUCCCCGAACCCGACGUCGUCGCGUGGACCGCUCUCGUGGGCGCCCACGCCAACGCCGGGGAGCUCGACCAUGCCUUCCAGCUCUUCCAAUCCAUGCAAGCCACCGGCGUGCAGCCCGACGUGAUUUCAUGGAACACGCUCGUCUCCGGGUUCGCCAGAAACGGCGACAUCGGUGCCGCGCUGGAUCUGUUCGACGAAAUGCGGCUCAGGGGCGUCAAGCCGCGGGUCAGUUCCUGGAACUGCAUCAUCUCCGGCUGUGUGCAGAACGCGCGUUACGACGAGGCUUUCGACGUCUUCCUGGAGAUGUGCGAGACCGAGAUGCCCGACGCAGUGACUGUCGCUAGCAUACUCCCUGCUUGCACCGGCCUCAUGGCGCUGGGCGUCGGAAAGCAGCUGCAUUCUUACGUCGUACGCUGCGGAAUCCAAUUGAACGUCUACAUAGGUUCCUCUUUGAUCGGCAUGUACUCGGAGUGCGGGGAGUCUGCUUACGCGAGAAGCGUGUUCUCCGCCAUUGACGGGGAGAGGAACGUCACGGUAUGGAAUGAGUUGAUUCAGUCAUAUAUGAGUGAUGGGAGAAUGGACAGGGCGUGUGAAGCUUUUAACUUGAUGCAGCAGGAUGGGCUGAAGCCCGACACUGUCACGUAUAACAUCUUCAUUGCUGCGUAUGCUAGAGCAGGUCAGAAAGAACUAGCAAGUGAACUCUUGUCAGCCAUGAUCAAUGCCAGCUUGAAGCCUAAUGUGAUCUCAGUGAAUGCUUUAAUAUCCGGGUUUUAUCACUUUGGCCUCUGUGCCGAUGCGCUGGAAGUUUUCAGAUACAUGCAGCUCUUGAGCACUGCAGAUCCAAAGUACUGGACAUUUCUUGAUAAUAGCUGCCCCAUUCAGCCAAACAGUACUACACUUACUAGCGUCCUCUCCCUAUUGACAGACCUCAAGUUAGAUCGUCUCGGGAAGCAAGUACAUUGCUAUGCUCUAAGGAGUGGUUUGACGUCAAACGUAUUUGUUUCCAGCAAAUUGGUUGACCUUUAUGGUAAAGCUGGUGAUAUGGUAUCUGCUGCUAAUGUUUUCCAGGGAAUCAGGAAUAAGAAUGUUGUCACAUGGAAUAGUCUGCUAGCAGCUUACAAGUAUAACAAGAAGCCACAAGUUGCUUUGAAACUAUUCUAUGAAAUGCUCGACUGUGAUUUACUUCCUAACUUGGUUACAGUGCAGAUAGCUCUUUUGUCCUCUGGGAUGACAAUGGCGUUGGGGUAUGGGAGAGAACUGCAUGGUUACAUACACAAAAACUGGCCUCGUGGUUAUCCAGAUACUCUUGCAAGUGCACUAAUAGAUAUGUAUGGGAAAUGUGGUAAGAUUGAGGAUGCUAGGUUUGUUUUUGAGCGCAGUGCUGAAAAGGAUGUAGCAGUAUGGAAUGCAAUGAUGUGUUGCUACUUGCUUCAUAGGAUGCCCAGAGAUGUUAAAGAAUUGUUCAGGACACUUGAACAAUCUGGAAUUCAACCGGAUCCUGUUACUUUCAUCAUACUUCUUUCAGCUUGUAAGCAAGAAGGUUCCAUGGAAGAAGCCCGGGACUAUUUCUACAGUAUGGAAGAUUUAUAUGGCAUAAAACCUACUUUAAAACACUACACCUGCAUGGUUGACAUCAUGGGAACAGCUGGUUUAUUGGAGGAAUCACUAGAACUUAUCCAGAAGAUGCCACAUGAGCUGGAUGCGUGCCUAUGGUCUACUGUUCUCAAAGCUUGUAAGCUUCACUCAAAUUUGGAGGUUGCGGCUAAGGCUGCAAAAUCUCUUUUUGAGCUUGAACCAAAUAACACUUCAAACUACAUGCUGCUUUCCAAUAUAUAUGCCAACAAUGGUUUGUGGGAUUCAACUGAAUCUGUGAGGGAUGCUAUGACAGAGCAAGGGUUGCAUGUCGAGAGACAAUGUAGCUGGCUAUAUCUCGGCACAAGUGUGGAUUCUUUUGAGGCUGGAGAUUUGUCUCAUCCUGCUUUUGAGAAUAUUUUGAGUACAUGGAAGGACGUGGCUAGUAGGAUGGAACAGUCUGGGUAUGCCCCUCAAGACAAUGAGCCCUAUUGCAAUGUAGAAGUUGAUCCAUUGUCAUGCCACCACACCGAACGGAUUGCGGUGUGCUAUGGACUUAUUUCCAUGUGUGGUCAUGAACCGAUACGGAUCUUGAAGAACUUUCGAAUGUGCAAAGAAUGUCAUUCCUCAAUCAAAUUUAUCUCAAGAGAUAAGAACCGGGAGAUAUUGAUUUCAGAUGGUUGCACCUAUCACCAUUUUAAUGAUGGCUCAUGCAGCUGUGGAGAUAUGUGGUAAAUGAAGAGUUGGUUUGCCACGAAAAUACUGGCUCAUAGACCAUGAAAAACUACAGCAAUAUCUGAUAUGGGUGAUAAGGGCAAUCAGUGACACCAUCUUGACCGUCAAAAAGAAAAGGGAGCCAUAUUGAACCCCUGGGCUCAAAUAUGGUGUGGUUUAUGGGAGGCUGAAAGCCUGCAGCUUUUGCCAAGAUCCGAGGGGAAAAGGGGCAAUGGCCAGAACUAUGUUGAAGGUUAAAGGAAGUGAAGAUAUAUGUUACACAGAUAUCCAGUAAAAGCAAUGCAUAUGUACUUCAUGAUUGGCUCAUAUCACUGAUAGCUUGUUGAUGAUAGUGGCGAGGAUAGCCAUUCAUUUCUUCAUUUACAGGUAGAUGAUGGUCUGGAUGGAAAGCAGGUAACCCUAGCACGGAAUAUGCUAUGUAAGCAUCCGUCUGUCUGAUAUACAACUGUACUUCAAGGUUUGCAGUUUCUAGCCAUUAUGGAUAAGGUGACUAGUGCAGCGAGGGCCGAAAUGUUGACUCGCUUGAUAUUUACUAGCCUACUUUGUUGAGACUGAUUGUUCUUCAGUUUUCCAGCCUAUCCAUGCUCAAAUAAAGAAACUUUUGAUGAUAGGGAAUUCAGAGGAAGAUUCAUGAGGUGAUGGAUCUUUUGCCUGGGUCAAGAGGGGAACAGCGUCGCGCAUAAUUUGCCAGCAACUCUGUUUAUCACAUAACUUGAGAAGUGCCAACUGGUUCACCAAUACUGUUAUUCGCGGGAUUUGAUCCAGUGAGGUUACACCUUAAUAGGAGAUAGUUGAGUUGUGGGGAUGUCGCAUGGUCCAGUUGUUUCAUGCUCAUCGGAGCUAAUCGUGCAUGCUUGUAAUAACAUUGAUAUCCCAGCAAUCAAUCUCGCCGUUCAAAAAAACAAAGAAUAUGGUGAUAUUAUUGCCUGAUGUCUCUAUCCGUAGAGAAAGACACAAGAGGGAACAUAUACAUCAGAAGCACCACUCUUCUUCGGUACAAACCUGCAGUACAUUCCUCAGGGAUGAGACUCCAGCAGUCUUGAGACCUCUAUCCCAGGCUAAACCUCAUUGGUCCAAAAUAUGUUUACAAAUUUUCGCUUCUUACAA